AUGGCUUCAGAAUCAUCCCGCAACAGCCCUCAACCUUCUCUGGAUGAUGGAUGCUCUUCUGACACGCCCCCUCCGACUCCCAAUUCGCCUGUUCAAGGCUCUUCUUUCAUGGCCUCCGGAGCCAGUCUCAGAACCACAGAGUCAACUGAGACCCUUCGACCUAUACCUCUCUCAGGGCUUCUGCGACGAAAUCGCCCUGCUCCCCCUCCGAUCGUCAUCCCGCAAUUGACCUACGCCAUCGAGAGCCCUCCACUGACGGUCGUUCCUCCACCACUCCCUCCUCCCCUCCCCUCCCCCCUCCUCGCAGGAUGUCCAGGCCGCGAGAUUUCUGGCGCCAAGUCCGAUGGCAGAGAAUGGGCUUACGACUUUGACUCCCCUCCAGUUUUGCUGUAUCCGGAUGAUCUUUCCAAGACUGAUUUCCAUGAACAUCCCCUAGCACGCCACAUUGAGCUUGAAAAGGGCUGGGAAAAGCAUCAACUUGCCAUAUAUGGUCUUAUCGUCCCGGCCAAGAUCGAUAAUGGCACUCCAACCUAUACCUGGGAGUCAGAUGAUGAAGACGAGGAUGACCUCGCCAAAGCUCUUGUGUUGGCAUCGCGUCCAAAGACGCCGUUGCCUCAAACGCCGGCCUCCAAUAUUGAACGGCCGCGCACUCCGUCAAACAUACUUCACAAGGUCAAGUCCUUUGCCAACUUUGUCGCCAACUCCGAUAUGGAGAAGGAAAUCCCCGAACUACCUACCCUCAAAGAGCUUCUCGACCAGUUUGGCAUGCCACCCGGGACCCCGACUGAGUCUGGACCUAGAAGCUUCCUUCGCACAACCAGAUCCAGUAGUUCGCUUCGUCCCAAGACACCUACUCGAUCCGUUCCCAGCGCUACCAAGCUGCGGAACAAGCGGAGCACCGGUAUCGAAAAGUCGCAAAUCUCCGAUCCCGUUCCCCCGGAGGAGAUGAGACGCGUCGGCAAUGAUUUUAGCCAGGCCGCAGCUCGUAAGCGAACCAGAACAGCCUCCGAGAGCGAGCGAAUUUCAUCUUAUGCUGCAUCCCUCCGAAGUCCCUCUAACCUGAUCUCACCAUCGAUUUCGUCCAACCUCCCCCUCUACCUCCUUCAACCCCAACACCCUACCGUGUAUUCUGGCAACAAUGAACCGCCGCCCAAGUUCCGCCUCGCCCGCCCGCGCCUCGCGCCUAUGGAAUACACUCGACGGUAUCUUCUCGCCAAAGCCAAGGCAGACAGGCAAGGAGAGGACUGCACAGUCCAGAAACCGAACCUGACCUGGUGCUGGUCAGAAGACUACAAAGAGUUCCUUCUGUUGCCUUCCAUCCCUGAAGGUGUAACCAGAAACUUCCUCCCUGACGAAGAAGAACAAGACCCGAUCUGGAAGAAAAAGAAGAGGCCGUUUCCAGUGACCAAAGACAUGGAUGAGGAGGCAGCAAAGAGACGUUCGUUCAUGCCUCUUCCUUUGAACCUCGCCCCUUCAUCACCCUUACUUCCGGCUUAUCUCUGCAACAACAGCUCACACUUUUCUGUCCUCAGCUCGACCCACAAACGCGAAUCUUCCUUUGAUGACUUCACACUCGACCGGCCGAGAGCAUCAUCGGCACACCAGACUCUGGUGCAGUCGACCAAGUCUCUUGUCUUUGACCCGACCGCUUCAAUCCCUCGCGAGAGCACUGAUUUCUUUGUCGCUGUUCACACAGGCAGUGAGCGUGAGUUUACAGGUUCUUUCCCACCUCAAUUCCUUUCAUCGCCCUCUUUGAACAGAAACUCCAUUAGACGACAGCAGGGACCCAUCAUUGCAUCUGAACGGGUCUCAACCCGAACACCUCCAUCGAGCACUCUUACUGCCACCCUCGCUGAUUCGCAUACUAACGCUAGAGACCUCACAUCCGCUUCUGCUUACCUGAACGAUGUUUCCGAUGAAUUCACAUAUGUUCGUCCGCCCUCGGUCGCUGCCUCGCAGAGAUCAGUCACGACGACGGUUUUUGCACCUCAACAGGCUCAAGAUGUGCCUACUACCCCUCGUAACCAGGUCAUUGUUGACGAGGCGCUCAGCGAAAUCACAGCAGUUUACCGCCCAGAAUCUGCACUCUUUUCUUGUACCGUCAUUAGACCCUACUCACCUGUUCCAGCGACUACUGACAAGGACGAGAACGAUGUCUCUCCAAACAGUAUUGAUUAUGACAUCUCUGCGUUGCCUCCCGCACCAGUUUCCCCUCUCUGCAGCUCCCCAUCUUCUCCGCAGACGGAUGGCCUUGAACCGGCGCAAGACACUCAGACUCACGGCACAUCAGACGACGCUCAGACCCGGCAGCCCUGCGACGAGACAGAUCCGCAAAGUAUCGCAUUCGACGACGACGGUCCCGACUUUGAAGACUCUUCUUCAAUCUACUCACAAGACAGUUUCCUCACAGUCAUCCACAGUCCGGCUGCUGGUCGUCGUCUUACUCCCCUCGACUUUAUGUCACAGGCGCAGAGUGAUGAUGAGAAGGAAGAGGACCUGACCCCGCGACACUUGAGCGAACUUUCAUCUGCCGAGGCCCAACCGCAGGCUGGGACCCUGCUACAUUCGCCGAUUCUCCGACCGGUGUCAUACAUUCCCAACACCGAGGCGGCCCAGACUUACACUCUCAGCGACACUUCAUUAAGACAUCAGAAUAUCCGUCACUCUCAGGCCUCUAAUCGAACCAUUGACAGCCCGCCUAGCCGUCAGCUGCCAGUCCAUGAUGCCCGCUCCUACGGAACCUAUGACUCUCGUAUGGACGCCGACAUCCGUCGUAUGCACUCACAAGAGAGACGGCAGAAUAUGUUGGGACGAGGGGGUACAUCUUCCACAGUUGGAGAUGCUCAUCUUCCCAAGGAAUCUCAAGGCAGAACCAAGCUUCGAUCUUCUCAGCCCAUCGCACAGGUUGGCGCCCAGGAAUCUCAAACUCAGGACGCGGCUUCAAUUGCGUCGGUAGCUUCAUCUGCCGCAUCUCAUCACGAUCGCUUGUCAGGUAUUUCUCAAGCAGCUUCUGAUGCACCCUCAAUCAAUUCUUCUUCGACCACGGAGUCGCGUCGCUCUCAAGCUCUAUCCUUUACGUCAGUUGCUUCAUCGGAUCGCUCCACGACCAGCAAACACGCUCGGCGUACUCGUAUUGAGAAAAGCUCCCAAGAUGCCUCUGCUUCUGCGUCUGCGUCUACUUCAGCCGCUACAGCUCUCGCCGCUCCGCAUGCAGCGCGCGAUACCUCUCAUUUUCCAGCUUUGGAUCCCGUCAUGGAAUCUCCCGCGCAGUCGCCUGGUCUCAGAAACUCGGCGACUUCACCAGCUGUCAGCUCUGCCGGGCGCUCGCGCAUUUCAUCGCUCCCCAACAGAAGAGACUCAGCCCAGCAAGCCACCGACUCGGACCUUCCUUCUUUGAAAGUCCGCAGACGUAAAGCCGUCGCCGACCUCGCCCAGAUCCCCGUCUCGCAAGCAUAUCCUCAACCGCUCCGCUUCAGCGCAAUGAAGAGUCCUCCUCCUGGUGCAACCUUUAGCCAGUCCGGAGCGAGUACUGCUGCUACCACUGUCUUCCGCUCAACCUCGAGACUCAUUGCGGACAUCGGAAACGAGCUCAACCGUGAGAUGGCGGACGUCCUCUCACCCUGUUCAGCGGGCCUCGCAGAGCGUGACGAUUCGAUGGAGGAAGGUGACAUCGAGACACCUACACGUCGUCCGCCUCGCCAGGUCCGCUCGAUGAAAUCCUUGCGGUUUGAGGCGCCGAGCUUGCCUGCGCCUGACAAGCCGUUGCCAUCGGUGCCUCAGCGGAGGGCGCGACCGGAGGCCCCUGCCUUCAUCGACGUCGAUUUCGGACCAGGCCCAGCCGUCACUCACGCACCUCCCCAGCCGCAACUCCCGCCGCCGCCGCCGCCUCCUCCUCCUCCGCGUUCACCUAUGCGGCGGCCUCCCAUCCCCGUGGCGUCCAUCCCCGCCCCUCCCCCGGUCCCUUCGUCUCCGCCGGCAGCGUCUGGUUCUGAGUUCGUCACUCGGGCCGAUUUCUCUGUCAAGAAGGACCGAACCGUCCGUCCUGCGGCGUCUGUGGCGGCGUUUACGUACCGUACAACUCCUACGGUGGACCCUCCGCCUCCACGGUCGGUCCGGCGACUGGAAUCGGCGGCGAACUUGCAGAAACCCGCCGCGGUGCCCGGAAGAACCCGCCUCCUGGGCAAGAUGGUCUCAAUGGCCGAACUCAAGCACGGGAGGGAGGUGGGCUCAGGGGGCAGCAGUAGUGAAGACGCGGCAGUCGGCAUGAGGACGUUCCUGGGGGAUGAGGGUGGUGAUUCUGGUUCUGGUUCUGGUUCUGGUUCUGGUUCUGGUUCUGGUUCUGGCGCUGGUUCUGGCGCCGGUGUUGGUGUUGUUCCUACUGCUCCUAGUGCUCCUAUCCCGCCACCCAAAACAGAGCCUGGCAAGAAGAAGUUCUUUGGUAGUCUUUUCCGCAGAAAAAGGGACGGAGAGAAGUAG